AAAGCCGACUUGAAUUGAGAGGGAAGCAUUAGGGUUUUCGAUCUCGUCUCUCUACUCUUCUCUUCGCGCAGCGAUCGAGGUGAGAGGUGCCGGCAAUGGCGUCGAAUCUCUUUCGCCUCGUUCGCCGUCCCGUUGCGUUUUAUAGGCAAGGGUUUGUGGGGUCCACCUUUCAGUUCUGCAACUUCUCUGCUGGAGGGAGAAGGAAAUCAAAGUCAGAUGGAAGUGAGUCUAGUGAGGAAAGUCUCUCUAAGAAAGAUGUAGCCUUGCAGCAAGCCUUGGAUCAGAUUACAGCUUCAUUUGGAAAGGGUGCAAUAAUGUGGCUUGGUCGCUCUCACUCUCGUAGGGAAGUUCCUGUGGUUUCUACAGGAUCCUUCUCUUUGGAUUUGGCAUUAGGAAUUGGUGGACUUCCUAAGGGACGUGUUGUUGAGAUAUAUGGGCCAGAGGCUUCUGGGAAAACUACUCUUGCACUUCAUGUCAUUGCCGAAGCACAAAAGGCUGGAGGUUAUUGUGCUUUUGUAGAUGCGGAGCAUGCUCUAGAUCCAUCAUUGGCGGAGACUAUUGGUGUAAAAACUGAUAAUUUGCUUCUUUCACAGCCAGAUUGUGGUGAACAGGCACUUAGUCUCGUAGACACCCUAAUUCGGAGUGGUUCUGUUGAUGUUGUGGUUGUAGAUAGUGUAGCUGCCCUUGUACCGAAAAGUGAACUUGAUGGUGAGAUGGGAGAUGCCCAUAUGGCUCUUCAAGCAAGGCUUAUGAGUCAAGCUCUUCGCAAGUUGAGCCAUUCUCUCUCUCUGUCACAGACUAUAUUGAUCUUUAUUAAUCAGGUGCGAUCAAAGCUGAGCACAUUUGGAGGAUUUGGGGGACCAACUGAAGUUACGUCUGGAGGCAAUGCCUUGAAGUUUUAUGCAUCAGUCCGCUUGAAUAUUAAAAGAAUUGGCUUGGUUAAGAAGGGUGAAGAGACUGUAGGAAGCCAAGUUCUGGUGAAGAUUGUGAAGAACAAACAUGCCCCACCAUUCAAGACUGUCCAGUUUGAGCUUGAAUUUGGAAAGGGGAUAAGCCGUGACUCAGAGGUAAUAGAAUUAGGCUGCAAACACAAGUUCAUUACGAAAGGAGGAGGUGCUUUCUACAGUUUGAAUGGCCAUAGCUUCCGUGGAAAAGAUGCCAUUAAACGCUAUUUUGUAGAGAAUGAAGGUGCCCGAGAAGAGCUGAUGAUGAAGCUCAAAGAGAAAAUAUUGCACGGGACAGAAAAGAAACAGGAACCAGAAAGUCAAGUUCCAGAUGGAGAUCCGACAGAAGAGAUUGUAACAUCUGACACGACUGAUGAGGAAGUGGUCACUGCAGUUGAGGCAUGAUGCAUCAUGUGCUCGGAAGACCAGAUACUUGUGUCCAAGUGCCCAUUUUAAAGUCAGAUGGAAUAUGGUUUUUUGAACUCAAAAUGCAGAAUGUUCUCUUCCUGGGGCAAAGAUCUUGGCCAGAGAUGUGAUGGGCUACUUCCAUCCAACCGGGAAUUUGCAGUGGUGGUGGAUAUUAAAUCAGGGGUUCUCAGUUUUGCAAAUCAUUUUGGUGCAUGUGUUGUUUUAUUAAUUAUCAAUGGCAUCCAAAGAUGAUGACUUCAAUGGGCUUAUUUUCAAUUACUUGUUAGAGAUGAAAGGCCCUCACAUUGUUGUAUAAUGGAUGCAGCCGCAUUUGCAAUAUAAUUUGUUCAUAAUUAUGUAUCUGCUUGUUUCCUGGAUUAGUGUAAUGCCACUUCAACUUUCCAGCUAAUUGCUAACGAAGUAAACUGAUCGG